AUGGCGGAAGAAGGACCAAAUCCACCUAGAAGAACACUUGGAGACUAUGCUAUGCAACAAGGGCCAAGAUAUUUUUCUAGCAUAGUAAUACCGCCCACCACCAAAACUUUGGAGAUGAAGCCAGCUUUCCUUAGCCUAAUCAGUUCUCAUCAAUUCACUGGAAUGGAUAAUGAAGAUCCAUACAUUCAUCUCUCUACAUUCUAUGAACUAGUAGGAACUAUGGGAUUUGAAGAAGGAGAUCUUGACCAUGUAUAUAUGCGUUUGUUUCCUUUUUCUUUGACAGGUAGAGCAAAGGAAUGGCUUAAAUCACAUCCCAACCAGAGUCUGAACAAGUGGAGUGAUGUAGAAGAUAAAUUCUUGAACAGAUUCUUUCCACCUUCUCGUUACAUUAAGGCAAAAACUGAGAUUUCUACUUUUAGGCAAGGACAAGAUGAACCAUUCUGUGAAGCUUGGGAACGAUUUAAUUCUUUGUUGAGGAGAUGCCCCAAUCAUGGUUUUGAAGAUAUUGCUCAACUAAACAUUUUCUGCAAUGGUCUGAGGCCAGACACCAAAAUGAUAUUAGAUGCAGCGGCUGGAGGAACAAUGAUAUCUGUAGAUGCAGAACAAGCAACAAGAAUCAUUGAGGCACUAGCAUCUACAGACCAUAAAGCCCAACAUAACAGACAAACAGUUCAGCGGAAAGGAAUUCUUGAUCUCAGCACUACAGAUGCAAUUUUAGCUCAGAAUAAAAUUCUGACUCAGCAGAUGGAAGCAUUAACCAAACAAAUGGCUAACUUACCUGAGCAGUUAAAAGCAGUACAAUCUUCUCCUAGUCAACAACCCAUGAGAUGUAACUUCUGUGGAGGUGACCAUCCCAAUGGUCAUUGUUCAUAUCAAAGUAGCCCACAAGAAGGAGAAGUUCAAUAUGUGAGUAAUCAAGGAAGAUCAGGGAAUUUCUCUAACAACAAUAACUUUUCACAAGGAUGGAGAAACAAUCAAAGUCAGAAUUUUGGAUGGAAACAAGAUGUUGGUCCUUCAAAUAGACAACCUCCUUAUCAGCAUCAACAACAAAAUCCUUCUGUGUAUGAAAGAACAACCAAAUUAGAGGAUACUCUAGAAAAAUUCAUGCAAGCUUCUAUGAUCAAUCAGAAAAAUACAGAAGCUUCAAUAACAAGAACCAAACCAAACAACUUAGAGGUAAAACCAUCAGUCUAG